CUCUCUCUUCUCCAUCUUCGUUGCUCGUCUUUUGGAUAUUUUUUUGCAGUCGUUAUUCUUCUCUCUCCCUCUCUUUCUGAAAUUCUCUUCCUUUAUUUAUGUGAAUCGUGCACGUUGAGGGGACAGAGGAGAUUUGUCUUGCAGCUGAAUCAAUUCGAAAGAAAAAAAUAAAAUAAAAAGGACAUUCUUUUGUUCAUUGCGUGCGUUCGAGAAAAUCCGGCAUCCAUUGUCUUGGAUUCGGUUCUGACGCUGGUUAGUGCAUGUUGUUUGGGGGUUGGUUCCUCUGUGAUGGGAGUUGAAACGACUAGAUCUCUCGGAACCGAGUUGGGCUGAGUUGACCCGGUUGCAGAAUCGCCGGUCUAUCUCUGUUAAUCUAUCUGGCUCUGUCCGUUAAUCCGUGAAUCCUAGUUCCAGCCUCGUUGUCGGAGAUAUGAACACCGGCGGUCGGCUCAUUGCCGGUUCCCACAACAGGAACGAGUUCGUCCUGAUUAAUGCGGAUGAGAAUGCCAGAAUAAGGUCGGUGCAAGAACUGAGUGGGCAGAUAUGUCAAAUUUGUGGUGAUGAGAUUGAGCUGACGGUAGAUGGAGAUCCUUUCGUGGCAUGCAAUGAAUGCGCUUUCCCUGUGUGUCGGCCUUGCUUUGAGUACGAGCGAAGAGAGGGAAACCAAGCUUGUCCACAAUGCAAAACCCGAUACAAACGCAUUAAAGGAAGUCCACGGGUGGAAGGCGAUGAGGAAGAAGAUGGCAUAGAUGAUCUCGAUAAUGAGUUUGAUUACAAAAAUGGUGUGGGAACUGAUCAAGUUUCUGAAGGUAUACUCUCUUCUCAUCUCAACUCGGGUAUUCCUCAAUCCGACUUGGAUUCUGCUCCGCCUGGCUCUCAGAUUCCCUUGUUGACUUAUGACGAGGAGGACAUUGAGAUCUCAUCUGGUAGACAUGCACUUAUUGUUCCUCCGUCAUUGGGGCAUGGCACUAAGGUUCAUCCGGUGUCAUUCCCCGACCCAUCUGUGGCUGCCCAUCCGAGACCUAUGGUACCUCAGAAAGAUAUUGCGGUUUAUGGAUAUGGAAGCGUUGCAUGGAAGGACCGUAUGGAAGAGUGGAAGAGGAAACAAAAUGAAAAGCUUCAAGUGGUUAAACAUGAAGGAGGUGAUGCUGAUUCUGAUUUGCCCAUGAUGGACGAAGGCAGGCAGCCUCUGUCUAGGAAGUUACCGAUCAAGUCGAGCAAGAUCAAUCCAUACAGGAUGUUAAUUAUUCUGCGCCUUGUGAUUCUUGGUCUCUUUUUUCACUAUCGGAUCCUUCACCCAGUUAAUGAUGCAUAUCCUUUGUGGUUGAUAUCCGUGAUUUGUGAAAUAUGGUUCGCUGUGUCAUGGGUUCUCGAUCAAUUCCCGAAAUGGUACCCUAUAGAGAGAGAAACAUACUUGGACCGGUUGUCGUUGAGGUACGAGAAAGAAGGCAAACCCUCGGAAUUAGCCGCUGUGGAUGUUUUUGUCAGUACAGUGGACCCGAUGAAGGAACCUCCCCUUAUUACAGCAAACACUGUCCUGUCUAUCCUUUCAGUUGAUUAUCCAGUUGAUAAGGUUGCAUGUUAUGUAUCCGAUGAUGGUGCUGCCAUGCUUACCUUUGAAGCCCUGUCCGAGACAGCAGAAUUUGCGAGGCAAUGGGUCCCUUUCUGUAAGAAAUACAAUAUCGAGCCACGUGCCCCCGAGUGGUAUUUUAAUCAGAAAAUGGACUACUUGAAGAACAAAGUUCAUCCAGCAUUCGUCAGGGAACGACGUGCCAUGAAGAGAGACUAUGAAGAAUUCAAGGUUAGAAUAAACGGAUUAGUUGCUACUGCACAAAAGGUGCCCGAGGAAGGUUGGACGAUGCAAGAUGGUACUCCGUGGCCUGGUAACAAUGUCCGAGACCAUCCGGGCAUGAUUCAGGUCUUCCUUGGACAAGAUGGGGGUCGUGAUGUAGAAAAUAACGAGUUGCCUCGGCUGGUUUAUGUUUCUCGUGAAAAGAGACCCGGAUUUGACCACCAUAAGAAGGCUGGAGCCAUGAAUGCCCUUAUACGAGUCUCGGGGGUUCUCUCAAAUGCUCCUUACAUGCUGAAUGUGGAUUGUGACCACUACAUCAACAAUUGCAAAGCUCUUAGAGAAGCAAUGUGUUUCAUGAUGGAUCCUCAGUCCGGAAAGAAAAUUUGUUACGUUCAGUUCCCUCAAAGAUUCGAUGGGAUAGAUCGACAUGAUCGAUACUCAAAUCGCAACGUCGUCUUUUUCGAUAUUAACAUGAAAGGAUUGGAUGGGCUACAAGGUCCCAUAUAUGUCGGAACAGGGUGUGUGUUCAGGAGGCAGGCACUUUACGGUUUUGAUGCACCAAAGAAGAAGAAGCUGCCGGGUAAGACAUGCAAUUGCUGGCCAAAGUGGUGUUGCCUCUGCUGCGGAUUAAGAAAGAACCGGAAGUCAAAGACCAAGGAUAAGAAAACGAAGAACAGAGAAGCCUCGGAGAAGCAGAUUCAUGCCUUGGAAAACAUUGAAGAGGAGAAAUCAUCCGAGGCAAUGCAAAUGAAGUUGGAGAAGAAGUUCGGGCAGUCCCCUGUUUUCGUUGCAUCUACCGUCAUGGAAGAUGGUGGGAUUGCUAGGAUAGGAAGUCCGGGAUCUCUGCUUAGAGAGGCCAUCCAAGUCAUUAGCUGUGGAUACGAAGAUAAAACCGAAUGGGGGAAAGAGAUCGGGUGGAUCUACGGUUCGGUUACUGAGGAUAUUCUUACGGGUUUCAAGAUGCAUUGUCAUGGCUGGAGAUCGGUUUACUGUAUGCCAAAGAGGCCAGCUUUCAAGGGAUCAGCACCCAUCAACCUUUCGGACCGUCUCCAUCAAGUUCUUCGGUGGGCGCUUGGGUCGGUUGAGAUUUUCUUGAGCAGACAUUGCCCUAUCUGGUAUGGUUAUGGAGGUGGAUUGAAAUGGCUGGAAAGAUUCUCCUACAUAAACUCUGUCGUCUAUCCAUGGACCUCCAUCCCUCUUCUCGUUUACUGUUCUCUCCCUGCUAUCUGUCUUCUCACCGGCAAAUUCAUCGUUCCUGAGAUCAGUAACUAUGCCAGUAUCCUGUUCAUGGCCCUCUUCUUGUCCAUUGCUGUAACGGGAAUUCUCGAGAUGCAAUGGGGCAAAGUCGGGAUCGAUGACUGGUGGAGAAACGAGCAGUUUUGGGUGAUCGGAGGAGUCUCCUCCCAUCUGUUCGCACUCUUCCAAGGUCUCCUCAAGGUUCUUGCUGGUGUCAACACAAAUUUCACCGUUACUUCCAAAGCAGCAGACGACGGAGAAUUCUCAGAGCUUUACAUCUUCAAAUGGACUUCCCUUCUGAUCCCACCGAUGACCCUUCUCAUCGUUAACAUCAUCGGAGUGAUAGUCGGAGUCUCCGACGCAAUCAACAACGGGUAUGACUCGUGGGGCCCUCUCUUCGGGAGACUGUUCUUCGCGUUGUGGGUCAUCAUCCAUCUGUACCCGUUCCUCAAGGGGCUGCUUGGGAAGCAAGACAGGAUGCCGACCAUUAUCCUCGUCUGGUCCAUCCUUCUCGCCUCCAUUCUUACACUUCUGUGGGUCAGGAUCAACCCCUUCGUCUCCAAAGAUGGUCCUGUCCUGGAAAUCUGCGGUUUGAACUGUGAUAACUGAUUGGUGUUGGGGAGAUGCCUUAGAUUCUUCACCAGUGCUCGUUACCGGACAAUACAGAAGAUUAGUUUUGUCCCCUCCCGAGGUGCUGUAGAUAGAGAAGCAGAGGUGUUUGUUUUGUCAUUUGCUUUUUUUUUUUUAUUGUUUUUUUUUUCGGGGGAGGUUGGGUGAGUAAAAAUAAACAAGAUUUUAUUCUUUCAUUGAAUAUUUAUACUCUUCUGCGUAUUUGGGGAAGAGGGUUAUACAUUUUUUUUACUAAUC